CUGUGUAUUUGACCGGUGUGUGAGAGAGAGAGAGAGCGCAUGUGAGUGUGUCAGGGAGUAGAGGGGGAGAGAAGUGGGACCCUGACAUUGCUCCGGCUGGCGCUGCUGCUACUACUACUACUACUGCUGCGAAUGCGCCACACACACCAGCACAUGCGCUGCUGACUGGAGCUGUGUGUUCACACACACGCUCGUGUGUGUGUAAGUGUGUGAGCAGGAGGAGGAUGCAGGGGUGUAAAGGAGAAGUGCUAAGGACAGACUGAUGAGAGACUGGAUGCUGACCCCCCGAGCGCUUCUGGGGAGAGAGAAAGAGAAAGUGGUCUGGCGUAUCCGUGACGACGAGGAUGGGCUGCAAUCUGUGCUCCCUGCAGAAGAGAGAGGAACAUUACAAACUGCUUUACGAGAUAUCGCAGGUGAAUGGGAAGGACUUAUCGAGGGCCAGUCAUGAGGAAGCAGUUGAGGCCUUCCGCAGUGCCAAAGAUCCCAUCGUGGUCCAGGUGCUCCGGCGGAACCCUCUCCCGCGAGGUCAAGGGUCAUCUCAGGAUGUUCAGCUGGUGGAUGUGUGUACACAGACAGACAUCACCUUCGAGCACAUCAUGGCUCUUGCCAAACUCCGCCCGAGCAGCCCACCCGUGCCAGACAUCUGCCCCUUCCUGCUCUCGGACAGCUGCCAUUCUCUGCACACCAUGGGUCAAGAGUAUUAUGAAGGGAGCGAGUACCUCUCCACCAUGCCGGCUGAUGCUGAGAGGACGGAUGAGUUGGAAUAUGAGGAGGUGGAGCUGUGUCGUUUGAACAGUCAGGAGAAGCUUGGCCUCACUCUGUGCUACAGGACAGAUGAUGAGGAUGACAUUGCAAUCUAUGUGUCAGAGAUUGGACCAAACAGCAUCGCAGCGCGAGAUGGCCGUAUCCGGGAAGGGGACCGUAUUUUGCAGAUAAAUGGUCAGGAUGUGCAGGACAGAGAGGAGGCAGUGGCAGUGCUCUCUAGUGAAGACUGCAGAAACAUUGUACUGCUCGUAGCCAGACCAGAGAUGCAGUUGGAUGAUGCAGCCUGGCUGGAUGAUGAGCACAGUGAAUUUUUGGAGGAACUCAAAAUGGAGAUGCUUGAAGAACAGAGGAGAGAGGAGGAGGAGAUAGAGAGAGCAGCCAGAGAAGAGGAAGAGCAGGCCAGGAAGACAGAGCCAGAGGAUAUCAUGGCUGGUAGUGCUUCCUGCUCCUUCAGUCAAGAGAGGACACGUGCUGCUGGAGCCCAGCGCCACUGUUCUGACACCUCCGACCACAACGUUCUGGCCCAGAUCCAGAAGAGGCUGUCCCAGUGUUUGCGGCAGCGGCGGGAGGCAGUGGGCCAGAGAAGUGAGUCCCCGGGGCUGGCUAGAUGUUCUGGGGAGGGACUGGUGGGGGAGGAAUCCGAAGGUGACCGCUACCAGCAACUUUUGGAGCUGAAAUGCCAGAUCCGUAACAGUGGCGAGUACGAUUUGUUCUACAGCCGCAGCAGCACCAUCGAGUGUAGUCUGACGGAGCAAAGUGGCGGGGUGGAGCGGGAGCUGCGCCUCCUCAAUGAGGAGCUGCGUAGCAUCGAGCUGGAGUGCCAGAGCAUCAUGCAGGCACACCAGCUACGGAAGAAAGACCAGCGGCAGCCGGUGCCAGCCAAAGAGCAGCUGCAGUGGAGUCCUCGUCGUGGACGUGGACAGCAGCAGGGAGGCAAGCUGGCUAAUAUCAAUGAGCAUCCAGAGAAGUCAGACAAGGACAGUUCAAGUGCUUACAAUACAGCAGAGAGCUCCCGCAGUACACCACUGGCUAUGGACCGCUCUCCAGAGCAUUCGCUACAGAGGAUGGUCAGCCUCACCAAUCAGAAGAACCUGAAGAGCAGUCUGAGCAGUCUGAUUGCGGGACGGGGCUCACCCCCGUGUCCUGCUGUGAGGAGGGCUCCUAGUGGAAGUCCCGAUCAUAGUAAUCCCUCAGAGUCAGAGCAGACCCCCCCAGCAGAGGACGAAAGCUCCCCAAAGAAAGACAAGGCACUAGGCUCAAGGAUCCCCUACCUCUCCCACCGUCACCAGCAAGCGGAUGUUCCAGCCCAUGCCAGGCAUUACCAGAGCUACAUGCAGUUGGUCCAGCAGCGUUCAGCAGUGGAGUACGGCCAGAGCCAGCUCAGCCUGCUGGCAGCGGGUGGCCCGCAGGCCUCCCGGCCUUCAGAGCCCAAGAUGGAGUGGAAGGUGAAGGUGCGGAGUGACGGGACGCGCUAUAUCACCAAGCGGCCAGUACGGGAUAGGCUGCUGAGAGAGCGGGCACUCAAAAUCAAGGAGGAGCGCAGCGGUGGGAUGACAACAGACGACGAUGCCAUGAGUGAGAUGAAGAUGGGCCGAUACUGGAGCAAGGAAGAGCGCAAGCAGCAGCUGCUGAGGGCCAAAGAGCAGCGGCGACGACGGGAACUCAUGCAGCGCUGCCGGUUGGACAGCCUGAAGGAGAGCCCGCAGAGCAGCGGGGAGGGCCGCAAAGAGGUCAGUAUCAUUGAGCUCAGCCACCGCAAGAUGAUGAAGAAGCGCAACAAAAAGAUUCUGGACAACUGGAUGACCAUCCAGGAGCUGAUGACACAUGGAGCGAAAGCGCCAGAAGGGGCCAAAGUUCACAACGCCUUCCUUUCUGUUACAACUGUAUAGAGAGCCACUCAACUCAGACUCAAACUCUACCCCAUGUGGUAUGAUCUACUUUUGCCUCGUUCAAUGUGGCGAUUUUUAUGAAAGGGAAAAGAAGAGUAUUUUUCUCACUUUGUUAUUAAUAAACAUUUUGUAAGCAGUUUAUCAACAGAUUCAUCACAUUUUUAAUGGGAAUAAUUUUUUGUCCACAGUUUUUGAAGACAGUUUUUCAUGUCACCCUCAGUGAGAAACUCUUCAGUGCAACAAUUCCAAAGCGCUAAUUUAUGUUGAAAGCUGCUUAUAUUUUUUUCUUUUCUUUCCCUGUAAGUUCUGUUCUUCACUGCAUCCUUGCCUCAGUUACGCAUCCUGUUCAUGUUCGAGUUUCUGUUAAUCUGAAUGUAAAUCACCAUGUAAUUAUUUGCUUUUAAUUUUAAUCUCGUUACUGGUUUCAUUUUUCACUUGGUUGGUUCUUGAAAGGAAAUUCAGUUUCAUAACUCAUGCCAUGACUGUGGAAAACUUUGCCGCCUCAAUCUUAGACACUGUAAGAUUUUUGUGUGAUUUUUUCCAAGGAGGGGAAAAAAAAAAAAGUCUGACCAAUCUAGUUACAACACAAUCACCAGCAACAGGCCUGGGGCAGCAAUCAGGCCUAUGGCAAACAGCUUAUGGACAAAUAUUUUUCUCUGUGCAUUUCAGUGAUGAAGCUGCACCAUUAGGCAUUUGGUUGAUUUUCUGUGGGGGCAGUGUUCCUCAUUUUCGGUCCAGGUGAACCCUUGAACUGCAGUGUUUCCCUUGCUCUAAGGCUGCUGAUUGAAUUUAUCAAGGGCCUGAUUAUUUGCUGAUCAGUUGAAUCAGAUGUAUUAGAGCAGAGGAAGCACUGUUCUAACCCAAGGGCUGAGAAUGAGAGGCACAAGGUAAAGUUUAUAAGGUUAGGAAGGGGGUCAAAAUUAUGGUUUGGGAAAUGUUGUCACUGGAGGACAACAUUGAAAAUGCCAAAAUAUGUCUCAGUAUGUCUACAUGUCUACAAUUACUAUAUAAACACUAUUAGUGUGUUACAGUGUGCCUUCAUUGGGCCAGUCAGUGCUAUAACUCCAU